AUGCGGAAAGAAAACAUUGCACUUAAGAAACCUACAUGGCAAGCAUCAACGUAUGGGAAAUUUACAUCUGACAGGGCUGUAGAUGGACUGGCCAAAAACCUGUCUUCUGUUGGAUAUCAAUGUAGCAUAUCAAAUAAUUUAGAAACAAAGGCAGAAUGGAGAGUUAACCUUGAAAACAUUCUCAGCAUUCGAUACAUUUUGAUAUUCUACAGAACAGAGAAUAUUCGAUGGGAUUCCAACAAUCCAUUCACUAGUAGAUUCUUGGGAUUCUCUUUGUACAUAUCCAAUACAACCAACAAGAAUGAAGGUCAUUUGUGCUUCCAUGACACAAACUAUACAAUAGAUACCAUCCCAUCGAUUGCGAAUAUAAGCUGUCCUGUCCAUGGGCAAUAUGUUAUAUAUUACAACGAGAGACUUGAUGAAAGGACUUAUCCAUCUAAUUAUUCACAAUAUGCUUUCAGUGAGCUAUGUGAAGUUAAAGUGUUCGGUUGUCCUGAACCUGGGUACUAUGGGGAUGCUUGUUCAAUACGCUGUCCUUAUCUCAAUUGUGGAUACUGUCACAUAGAAACAGGACAAUGCCUCGAAUGUAAACCAGGGUAUCAAGGAAAUCAAUGUGCAUCAGUGUGUGGACGAGGUUUCUAUGGCAAACGUUGCUCUGAGUCGUGCGGAAACUGUAGCUAUGGAGAGACCUGUCAUCCCAUUCAUGGAUUUUGCACAAACAGGUGUCAUUAUGUCCAAUGGGAUUCCAUGGAAAUAAUUGUUCCCUGUCCUGUGGCCACUGUGAUAUGUGUGAUAGGUUUACGGGAAAAUGUUUAUCCCAAUGCUAUGCUGGUUGGAUGGGAUCGCUAUGUACCCAAG